AUGGCCCAACCGGCCCAACCAAGCCCCCAGCAGAUGGCGGCCAUGCAACAACAGUUCGCCGCAGCUGCCGCCGCACAAGGCCUUACACCUGAACAAUUCGCACAGAAGCAGCGUGAAAAGCUCACAGCUGACGCCGCUAAGCAAGGAUUAACUCCUGAUCAGUACGUUGCGCAGUUGCGGAUGCGAGCGCUCCAGGCGCAUCAGCAGCAGAUGGAAGCUCAGCGACAGGGUCAAGGUCAGGGCCAGGGCCAACAACAGCCUGGUCAACCUGGUCAGCAAGGACAGCAACAACAACAACAGCAGCAGCAGCAAGGCCAAGCGCAGAGCCCACAACAAGGACAGCCGCAGCAGCAGAUGCACCAGGUGCCUGUUAAUGCAGGACAACCCGCCGACCCCAAAGCACUAGCUGUAGCGAAGUUCUUGCGCUCGCAGGAUCUCAAGCCCCGGACAUGUAUUAUGGAUGGACAGCGAAAGGACAUGUUCAAGGUCAAACGAGCAAUCCGAGCCAUUGAAUCUCCCGCCUACGCCAAAGCAGCCGCAAAAAAGAACUCCCUCCUCCCCCCCGUGACAGAUCGCGCCAGCGCCGAAAACGCAUUCAAGCUCCUCCCGCUCUCCCUCCUCGCUCUCCGCGUAAGCAAAGUCGACCCACACGCAGGCCACAACCACGCAAAACCAAAGCGAGUCAAAGGUCUCUGGACCGUAAAGAUCGAACAGCACCAGGAGACCGACCCAAUGAUGCACUAUGUUUGGCUUUGGGAGGGACCACAGUGGAAGCAGAAGGCUAUGGCAGCAGCUGUUGUUGCGGGUAUUUUUGCAGUUGUGCUUUUCCCGCUUUGGCCUAUGUUUAUGCGUCAGGGUGUUUGGUAUCUUAGUGUAGGGAUGAUGGGUCUUUUGGGACUUUUCUUUGCUAUGGCCAUUUUCAGAUUAAUUUUGUUUUGCGUUACUGUCUUCGCAGUGCCGCCUGGUUUAUGGUUGUUUCCUAAUCUUUUUGAGGAUGUGGGAUUCUUUGAUAGUUUCAAGCCGUUGUGGGGAUGGCAAGAGGGCAAGAAAAAGAAGAGCAAGAAGGAUAAGGCUGAACCUGCUGCUACACCUGUUACAGAGGCUCCGACAGCAACGACUUCCUCUGCUGAAACGACUUCUACUCCCGGUGUAGCACCUGUUAAGCGACUUGAUCUAGCAGCUCGAGUGGAAGAAGUCGAGGAAUAA